AUGUUUAGGAACAUUGAUUAUAUAAUCAGUCAUCGCCAACCUUCGUUUGGUGCUGGGAUCUUAGCCAUGCCCUAUGCCAUUAGAUCUAGUGGUAUUCUUUUUGGUGUGUUCCUGAUUAUACUUAGUGGGCUUGCGUCUCUAUUUGGGCUGUUUCUGCAAACUAAAGUAUCCCAGUUCGUGACACCAGGGCACGCCUCGUUCUUUACGGUGGCCCAAAUUACUUACCCAAAAGCCAGUAUCUUCUUUGAUAUUGCUAUUAUGAUCAAGUGUUUUGGUGUCGGUUGCUCCUAUCUGGUGGUUAUUGGUGAUUUGAUGCCUAAGAUUGUACAUGCCUUAGUCAAGGAUUCAACACUUGCUGAACAUCCAGCAUUAGAGGCCAGAAAUUUAUGGAUCAGUCUGUUCAUGUUAAUAAUAAUUCCGUUGUGCUACCUCAGAAAUUUGACAUCCCUCAAAUACGCGUCACUAGUGGCCCUCUCAUCUGUUGGAUACCUAGUAGUUCUCGUCGUGGUGCAUUUGAUCUUCCCCGAUGAAGCUAUUGUCCGUGGACCUAUAAAAGCUGUGGGACCUACUUCAAUAACAGAGUUUCUGGGCAGCUUUCCUAUUUUUGUUGUUUCUUACACUUCACAGCAUAACGCAUUUUCAUUGAUUAAUGAGCUGCGUGAUAAAAGCGCUGCGAAUAUGAACAAGUUCAUCAGUAUAGCAAUUAGUACAGCAAUGGUGCUCUACAUGGUCACCGGAAUAUGUGGCUACCUGACAUUUGGUGACAAUAUCAUCAGUAACAUCAUUGCCAUGUAUCCUCAAAAUGUUUCCUCUACAGUCGGAAGAAUUGCAAUUGUGUUCUUGGUUACUUUAUCAUUCCCCUUGCAAUGCCACCCCUGUCGAAACUCCUUAAAUUACAUAGUGCAUUUUUACCAAACAAGUGGUAAAACUGAUCUUAACGACGAAUUUGAUGAAUUUGAUGAUGAGGGUGAAGAGCGUCGCCCUUUAACUGAAGAUCAAGAAGAUUUUACCAACAAAUCUCCUGAAGGUUCAGGGCCUCCCCAAAUCGUACAAGACCAAACUGAUUUGAACGAUCCGAACCUUUCUCCAAUAGAAGAAACUCCUUCGAAACCAGUCGCAGUUCAUCUCUCCACCCAAAGGCUUAUCAUAUUAACUACAAUAAUUAUUGCCUUAGCUUAUUCAAUUGCAUUAUCCGUCACGUCUCUAGGCUUAGUGCUGUCCGUUGUUGGUGCUACGGGAUCGACUUCCAUUUCUUAUAUUUUACCAGGAAUAUUUGGCUACAAGCUGUUAGGCACUUCUGCUGAAGCUACAUGGCGCCAAAGGACCUACAAGUACGCAGCAUUGGCGCUGGUCGCUUUUGGAAUCACCGUAAUGGUAAUCUGUCUCACGGUGGUUCUUUUCUUGAAUAAAUAA